AUGCCCAUCGGUCACACCAAACUAAACGAUGGCAGAGCUAUCCCAAAUCUCGCAUUCGGUUCUGGCUCCGUCUUUCGUGACAAGGAUGUCUACAACACCGUCACAGCUGCCCUCGACGCUGGCUUUCGCCAUGUCGAUACAGCCCAGGCAUAUCACAACGAAGACAGCGUUGGGAAGGCUAUCAAGGACUGGAUAGAAUCGGAUAAGGACGAGAAAAAGCGACAAAUACCGAGGGCUCGGUGUGACUUGUGGAUUACGACAAAAUACAGUGGAGGUGCCGCUGGUCCAUAUGAAGAGUUGAAGACUAGUCUACAGAAACUGCAACUCGACUAUGUCGAUCUCUACCUCAUUCAUCACCCCAUGUUUGUCGAAGGAAGGGUUGCACAAGCGUGGGAGGAGAUGGAACGCGUAAAAAAGGAUGGACUCGCUCGGAGUAUUGGCGUCUCCAACUUUGCCACUUCCCACAUCAAAGAACUCCUCAAGUCUGCCAAAGUGCUCCCAGCGGUGAACCAAAUUCGCCUGCAUCCGUACAUCUACGCAGAAAAUCUCGAAACGAUCCAGACAUGUGCGAAACACUCUAUCGUAGUCGAGGCUUACGGCUCUCUUUUCCCCAUCACCCAACUUCCUUCCGGCCCAGUCACAGCAGCGCUGGAGAAACCCAUCAAGAGACUACAUGCUACAGCUGCUCAGAUUCUUUUCCUAUGGGUCCGCGCGAAACACGGCGUAAUCGUCACGACCACCGGAAAGAAGGAGCGAUUGGAAGAGUACCUCGGCAUCCGAAAACUUGGUGAGCUAAAGGCGGAAGAGGUAGAGGCUAUUGACAAGGCUGGACAAACUUCCGAUGCAUGGAUAUAUCACGCAGUGGAAUCCAAGUAUCAACGAUUCGUACAUCCAGUGUCCACCUCGCAAGCGUUCAGACGGGUUCUCGUCUUCGUUCUCGCCAUCACAUUGCUCCUUGUGACAGCAUUCUGGGCCUACCUCGCAGGUGGAUUCUCCGAAAUGAUACAAGCAUAUGGAGUUCCUCUAGGCAUCGCGUAUGGUCUCAUUGCGCUAGCUGUUCUACGGCUCAUCCGCCUUGCAUCGAGCAAUCAGGCCGAGGUCCUACCGUUCCCAUGA